UCCUUACCACCACUCUCAGAGUCUCAUUGUUAUUUCUUCUUUAGCUCUCAACACUAGUCCAAUUAUGGUUAACAAAAUCAACAUAGAGAGUGAUGCUCAUGGAAACCUCCAUAACUCUUCCUCCUCCUCCUCCUCCUCUAUAGUAACAACAAUAACAACCCAUGAUUCUUUGAUUGAUAAAAGUACAGAGAGUGAUCACAAUUCAGAGAAGCUCUCAAGCUCAACAGAGCAUCAAGAGGAGCCAAACAAUGGGAGUAAUGAGACUAACAACAAGAAGAGGAAGAGGAGCAGCAGCACUGAUCAUGGCGAAGGCGGCAAGCGCCCGACUUUUCGAGGAGUACGAAUGCGUUCUUGGGGAAAAUGGGUGUCUGAAAUCCGUCAGCCGAGGAAGAAAUCAAGAAUUUGGUUAGGGACAUACCCUACAUCUGAAAUGGCAGCUCGAGCACACGAUGUGGCUGCUCGAGCUAUCAAAGGUGCUUCUGCUUAUCUCAAUUUCCCUGAACUGGCUCAAACGCUUCCACGACCGGCCUCUGCUUCUCCCAAGGACAUUCAAGCUGCUGCUGCAAAAGCUGCUUCUGCUUUUGAGGAUGUGAAGAAAUGUGGAGCUGUAAUGGAAGAAGAAGAAGAAGAAGAGGUAGCAACACAGCCCGGCAAAGUUGAACAGACAACUAGUACUACUACUAAUACUGUCAAUAGUACUAGUAAUAGUACACCUUGUUCUUCAUCUUCCUCUUCAGUUGAUUAUGAUGACAAACUGUUUGACCUUCCAGAUCUUUUCAUGGAUGGCAAAAAUGGGAGUGAUCAGUUUUGCUUUUCUUCUUCAUCAUCUUCAUCAUCAUCAUGGCAUCUGUGUGCAGCAGAUACUGGAUUCAGACUAGAAGAGCCAUUCUUGUGGGAAUAUUAAUCAGAUGGCUAGUUUUAGUACAGUGAGUUGUAAUUUUUUUUUUCUUUUCUAUCUAAACAAAAAUAAUGAAGCUUCAAUAUUUAAUCACAUUUGGAAACUCCAGACUAAUUCAGAAGCAUUGGCAGCUGUACAUUUCAUACUUUUGGAGUGUUGGUCCAGUUUGGACUCUAUGCUGCAAAACUAUACCAAAAAAAAUAAUGAAGACUAGCUAG